AUGCCGAGCAUUCGCGAUAACGAUCUCCGAAAGUCCCCAGAGUACUGUCACUAUCUCGAGGCAGUUAAGGACGGGGAGCUUACGCUGCCGGAUUUCAAGAUAGACGACAAUGGCGUGCCUGAUAUCCAUCCAUAUGAAGUCUACUGCCGAGUGAAGGGAUGCCUCAAGCGUACAGUUCCCUCUGCCAACAGAAACAUAUUGGUCAAGCACUUGAAGGACAAGAACUCCCACGGCAUGGAGUUUACAUUGCACAAUGGACCUCCCACUAUGAAGGAACUGAUGGAGGCCAAAGGCAAGUCCUAUCUAGAUUACUUGGCUUGUUUGAAGGCACUGUUCUCCCAACCCCGACUCCUACCAAGAAGCGCAAGCGAGCUGCCACCAAGUCCAAGGACCACAAUACUAAGGGUGUCGAGAAUUCCAACGAGGGUGAAGCUGGAAAUGAUCAGGACAAUGGCGAGGGCCCUUCAAGUGAUCCGCCGUGAGGGUAGCAAGGCAGCUAAAUCAGCUGGUGAGAAAGGAACCAUACCCUGCAAGACCUGUCGCAACGCAAAGGGCAAAGUCUCAGCACCGUGUGGUUCAAAGCCAUAUUGCGAGUUUUGGCGCUUUUUCUCAUCGAUUGACGAGGCAAAGGGAGCGAGUAUGCAACCUCACAUGGAUAAUGCAAAAGAGACAAGCAAUGAAGAAAGUGUCUUAAACAAGGAAAAUGAGCAUGAAAAUGAGGAGGAAAAGGCUGCUGAGCCCGAGGAAGUGCAGGGUGAUGGCAGACAUGUCUCUGAACACCUUGCAAUCACUCCGUUUGCGCAGCUGAACAGUGGUGAGGAUAAUAGUAUUGCAACUAACCUGGAUCUCAGAGACUUUGGCCUCAAUCUAGAAUCUAUCUAG